AUGCCAGAUCCGAUAAUUGAUUCCAACUUCAGAACGUAUCGCUUUAAACGUAAGAAAUAUCCUUUCUUCGCGAACACGGAUGCCCGACUAUGGUCGUUUAAACGUUUUUACUCUUCUAUCAUUCAUUCUGGAGAUGCGCCAAAAACAUUCAACGAAAUUCUUGAUAAGUGGACCGCCAGCCUGAAAUUCAUUCAAAAGCAAAAAAAUAUCCCAAAUUCAAUUGUGAAAUUUGCAGAAGAGCUAAUUGGAUUCGGUGAGACCAAGGAAUUUGAGAACUGGUUGGACGCUUAUGAGCAGAAUUUCUGUGCUCACUUCCUUGCAACCCUCUCAAGUGGAUCAGUAACAAAGAGCGAGAUGGCAAAAGGUUAUAUGAAACAGACGAAUGAAAUCUUGAACAGUAAAUUAGAAAAAUCGAACAAGGAAGAUGAAGAAGUUCCUUACGCAGAGGAUGAUGCGUCGCUGGACCUUAAUCAAGUGUACAGCGAUGAUGAAAUCAUAGAAGAAAAUUCAACACGCAAGAAAAGGAAAUUAGAUGAUGAUGAAUUACCAGGUUAUGAUGGAUUAGCAUUCCUUUUUAAUGAUUCAAAUGAAGAUGCGAUAAUUGAAAGAAUUGAUGAAAAUACUCUUGAGGAAGAAAGUAAAUUGCCAUUUGCUAAUGAUAACAAGGAUUCGUCCGAAUUUACAAGUGAAGACGUGUUGAAUGCAUUCCGGAAAUAUCAAAAUAAAAUUCCUAAAACUCGCAGAGUAUUCACCCCUGCGUAUUGGGGAGUGAUCGAUCUGACAAAAGAAAGUUUAUAUGGGUGCAACGAAAUUACAGAAAGCGAUUUGCAACGUUUAUCCCAAGAUUUCGCCAAUCAUAUCAAAUGGAAAUGCGAAUCAGCCUCAAAAGAUAUUCAGGAUUACUUUGACAGUAGCUGUGAAAAACUUGACAAUAGCAGUGAAAAUAAAGAUUUAAAACAUUUUGAUUCAAAUGUACAAUUUUUGUAUGUAUAG